CCUGCCACGGGGCACGAAAUCUAUAUGUGUAUAAAGUGUGCUUCACGUCGACAUGGGUGAGGGGAGCCAGAUGGACUUUGGUUUGACAACCCUGGUCGACUGAUCAACAGACAUCUCCCGCAAACAUGGAGGGUCCAUCUCGUGUGUACCUUUUUGGGGACCAGACAAGUGACAUUGAAGCCGGCCUCCGCCGUCUGCUACAAGCGAAGAAUAGUACCAUCGUCCAGUCCUUCUUCCAGCAAUGUUUCCAUGCGCUACGGCAAGAGAUCACGAAGCUCCCGCCAUCUCAGCGCAAGCUCUUCCCACGGUUCACGAGUAUCGUCGAUCUGCUUGCUAGACAUCGUCAAUCAGGGCCGAGCCCCGUCUUGGAAAGCGCGUUGACGUGCAUCUACCAGCUGGGUUGUUUCAUACACUUUUAUGGGGACCUUGGCCAUACCUAUCCCACGCCCACGAACAGCCAGCUUGUUGGCCUGUGUACAGGCCUCCUGAGCUGCACGGCUGUGAGCUGCUCGAAAAAUGUCGGAGAGCUUGUUCCCGCCGCAGUGGAAUCGGUCGUGGUAGCCCUCCGACUGGGGAUCUGUGUUCUUCGCGUCCGAGAACUUGUCGACUCCGACGAUUCGAAAUCAACCUGCUGGUCCGCGUUGAUUUCGGGAAUAAGUGAAGCAGGAGCUACUGCCUUAAUAGAAGAAUACAGCACCAAGAAGGCCACUCCACCUUCCUCAAAGCCAUAUAUCAGCGCGGUCAGCUCCAAUGGCGUUACUGUCAGUGCGCCACCCGCAGUCCUUGAUGAAUUUAUCGAAGCCAGUGCUUCAAACAAUUACAAACCAGUCAAGGCUCCAAUUCACGGCCCCUACCAUGCGCCGCAUCUUUAUGACGACAAGGAUAUCGGACGGAUCUUGCAGCCCUUGACCUCGGAUACUUUAUCCGGCUACGCGCCCGUUAUCCCUGUCAUUUCCAGCAAUACCGGCCAGCCGGUCAAGGCUAAAUCCAUCAGCGACCUCUUCAAGGUCGCGCUCGAGGAAAUCCUACUGCGACGACUGUGCUGGGACAAGGUCACAGAUGCGUGCUCUUCCCUAUGCAAGUCCGGCCCAAAUCAAUCGUGCAAGUUGUUCCCGAUAUCAAGCAGCGCAACCCAAAGUUUGUUUACGGUGCUCAAGAAGGCAGGCGUGAACGUGAGCUUGGAAACCGGGGUUGGAGAUGUCUCGACAAACCCGGACACGCGAAACCUCACUGGCAAGACAGAGUGCUCCAAGAUUGCCAUCAUCGGAAUGUCAGGAAGAUUUCCUGACGCUGAUGGCACCGAGAGCUUCUGGGAGCUCCUGUACAAAGGACUCGACGUGCAUCGCAAAGUUCCGGCGGAUCGUUGGGAUGUUGAUGCCCACGUUGACUUGACGGGCUCGAAGAGAAACACGAGCAAGGUGCCUUUUGGGUGUUGGAUCAAUGAACCAGGGCUGUUCGACCCUCGUUUCUUCAACAUGUCGCCCCGAGAAGCACUUCAGGCGGAUCCCGCGCAACGCCUUGCGUUACUCACAGCCUACGAGGCCCUGGAGAUGGCUGGCUUCAUCCCGGACAGUACUCCCUCGACCCAAAGAGACCGUGUGGGUGUCUUCUACGGAAUGACCAGUGACGACUACCGUGAAAUCAACAGCGGUCAGGACAUCGACACGUACUUUAUCCCUGGUGGUAACCGGGCGUUUACGCCGGGUCGGAUUAACUACUACUUUAAAUUCAGCGGUCCCAGUGUGAGUGUUGAUACGGCGUGCUCCUCUAGUCUUGCUGCUAUUCACACGGCCUGCAAUGCUAUCUGGAGGAAUGACUGCGAUGCUGCGAUCACCGGCGGUGUAAAUAUCUUGACUAACCCUGACAACCACGCCGGUCUGGAUCGGGGGCAUUUCCUGUCGACGACUGGAAACUGCAACACCUUUGAUGACGGUGCCGACGGUUACUGCAGAGCGGAUGGAAUUGGCAGCAUCGUCUUGAAGCGGCUCGAAGACGCCGAGGCGGACAAUGACCCGAUCAUCGGCAUCAUCAACGGCGCAUACACCAACCACUCGGCCGAGGCCGUGUCCAUCACACGCCCUCAUGUCGGUGCCCAAGCCUUCAUCUUCAACAAGUUGCUCAACGAAGCGAAUAUUGACCCUAAGGAAGUGAGCUAUGUGGAGAUGCACGGCACGGGAACACAAGCCGGAGAUGCGGUCGAAAUGCAGUCCGUCCUUGAUGUCUUCGCGCCAGAUUAUCGUCGCGGCCCUGGGCAAUCACUCCACCUUGGCUCUGCCAAGGCAAAUAUUGGACAUGGAGAGUCCGCUUCAGGAGUGACGGCUCUCGUCAAGGUCCUUCUCAUGAUGAGAGAAAACAUGAUCCCCCCGCACUGUGGUAUCAAAAACAAGAUCAACCACAACUUCCCGACGGAUUUGGCCAAGCGCAAUGUGCACAUCGCCUUCCAACCCACUCCAUGGAAUCGGCCGGCUUCCGGAAAGCGCCGCACCUUUGUGAACAACUUCUCUGCUGCUGGUGGAAACACUGCUCUUCUGUUGGAAGAUGCUCCCAUCCCGGAGCGGCGAGGGCAGGACCCUCGGUCGUUCCAUCUGGUUACUGUAUCGGCCAGAUCUCAGACGGCACUGAAGAACAACAUUGACUCUCUGGUGAAAUACAUCGACGCACAGGGCAAGUCCUUUGGCGUGAAGGAAGCCGAAUUCGUCCCCAGCUUGGCUUAUACCACGACCGCGCGCCGACUUCAUCAUCCCUUCCGCGUGACUGCAGUGGGACCAAACCUGCAAUCACUACGUGACUCACUGCAUGGUGCCUUGCAGCGCGAGGCAUACACCCCGGUGCCAGCGACAGCCCCUGGGAUUGGGUUCGUCUUCACCGGCCAAGGUGCUCAGUAUACGGGCAUGGGCAAGGAGCUUUACCGCAGCUGUUUUCAAUUCAGAACUACAAUUGAACACCUCGAUUGUAUUGCACGAAGCCAGGGGCUUCCUUCCAUCCUCCCCCUUGUCGAUGGGAGUGUGCCCGUUGAUGAACUGAGCCCCGUGGUGGUGCAAGUGGGAACGACCUGUGUGCAGAUGGCGCUGGUCAAUUACUGGACUGCUCUGGGUGUGAAGCCGGCCUUUAUCAUCGGACACAGCCUCGGUGAUUAUGCAGCCCUGAACACCGCUGGUGUUUUAUCUACCACUGAUACCAUCUAUCUGUGUGGCCGGCGUGCUCAAUUGCUUACCAAGGAAUGCAAGAUCGGAACACAUUCGAUGUUGGCCGUCAAGGCCUCCUUGGCUGAGGUCAAGCAUUUCCUCAGGGACGAGCUUCACGAAGUCUCUUGCGUCAAUGCCCCCGCGGAAACUGUUGUCAGUGGCCUGGUUACGGACAUCGACGAGCUCGCUCAGAAGUUCACUACCGAGGGUCUGAAGUCCACCAAGCUGCGGGUUCCCUACGCCUUCCACUCCUCUCAGGUUGACCCUAUCUUGGAAACGUUCGAGGAGGCUGCCCGGGGUGUCACUUUCCACAAGCCAACGACACCGUUCGUUUCCGCUCUGCUUGGAGAAGUGAUCACCGAUGCUAACUGGGAUUGUCUCGGCCCCAAGUAUCUGCGCGACCACUGCAGAAAGACGGUCAACUUCCUUGGCGGCGUGGAGGCUACGAGACACGCGAAGCUGACCAACGACAAGACCCUGUGGGUUGAGAUUGGCUCACAUACCAUCUGCUCCGGGAUGAUCAAGGCAACUCUCGGGCCACAAGUUACUACCGUUGCCUCUCUGCGACGUGAAGAAGAUACCUGGAAGGUCGUUUCGAACAGUCUCUCGAGUCUUCAUCUGGCCGGAAUCGAUCUCAACUGGAAGCAAUACCACCAGGACUUCACCGCUGCCCACCAAGUCCUCCGGCUUCCCGCCUACAAAUGGGAUCUCAAGAACUACUGGAUCCCCUACACCAACAACUUCUGCUUGACCAAGGGUGCUCCCGUCGCGGCAGUUGCGGCAGGACCGCAAUACGAGUUCCUGACCACUGCUGCCCAGAAGGUCAUUGAGACCCGGGAUGAUGGGGCAACUGCCACCGUUGUUGUCGAAAACGACAUUGCCGAUCCUGACCUGAACCGCGUCAUCCAGGGCCACAAGGUCAAUGGCGCUGCUCUGUGCCCCUCGUCACUCUACGCCGAUAUCGCGCAGACACUUGCAGAGUAUCUUAUCAAGAAAUACAAGCCCGAGUAUGACGGAUUGGGAUUGGAUGUGUGCGAUGUCACCGUCCCAAGGCCAUUGAUCGCUAAAGGAGGGCAGCAGCUUUUCAGGAUAUCUGCCACGGCGAACUGGGAGGAGAAGAAAACAUCCCUGCAGAUAUACUCUGUCACCGCGGAAGGGAAGAAGACGGCAGACCACGCAACCUGCACGGUGAAAUUCUUUGACUGCGCGGCUGCCGAGCUGGAGUGGAAGCGAGUCUCUUACCUUAUCAAGAGAAGUAUUGACCGGCUGCACGAUGUGGCGGAAGAGGGAGAUGCUCACCGUCUCGGAAGAGGCAUGGUUUACAAGCUCUUCAGCGCCCUGGUUGACUACGAUGACAACUUCAAGAACAUCCGUGAGGUCAUCCUCGACAGCGAGCAACAUGAAGCUACCGCGCGUGUCAAGUUCCAGGGGUCGCAGGGCAACUUCCACCGCAACCCCUUCUGGAUUGACAGCAUCGGGCAUUUGUCCGGGUUCAUCAUGAAUGCGAGCGACGCUACCGACUCCAAGAACACGGUCUUCGUUAACCACGGCUGGGACUCGAUGCGCUGCCUGAAGAAGUUCUCGCCAGAUGUCACCUACAGAACCUAUGUUCGAAUGCAGCCUUGGCAGAACUCGAUCUGGGCGGGUGAUGUGUAUCUUUUCGAAGGGGAUGAUAUCGUUGCGGUUUACGGUGCCGUCAAGUUCCAAGCGUUGUCGCGUAAGAUCCUUGAUACAGUACUUCCUCCGGUUGGCGGCGCCAAAGCACCGAGCGCAGCCAAGCCAUCCGCGAGCGCUCCACGGGCAACUCCUGCUGCUGGCGGCAAGAGUCGUGCCAGCGCUCCGACCCCGGCGAAGACCGCCCCCAAGCCUAGUGCACCCAGCGUGGUUGGGCGGGCACUUAGCAUCCUCGCAGCGGAGGUCGGGCUCUCUGAGUCUGAGCUGACAGAUGACUUGGUUUUCGCCGACUACGGUGUGGACUCCCUUCUCUCUUUGACGGUCACCGGCAGAUACCGGGAAGAGCUGGAUAUCGACCUGGAAUCCUCGGUCUUCAUCGAUCAACCAACCGUGAAGGACUUCAAGCGGCUCUUGGCCCAGAUGAGUCCGAUAGAGGCAAGCGACGGUUCGGCAAGCGAUCCCGAGUCUAGUUCCUCCUUCAACGGCGGUUCCUCCACGGACGAAUCCAGUGCUGGGUCCCCCUGUGUCAGUUCACCACCGAACGAGAAGAUCACCCAGGGCGAGCAGCAUGCUACUAUGAAGGAGAUUCGUGCCAUUCUAGCCGAUGAGAUCGGAAUUUCCGUGGAGGAGCUCAAGGACGACGAGAACUUGGCAGAGAUGGGUAUGGACUCCCUGCUUUCUCUUACUGUCCUGGGUCGGAUCCGCGAGACCUUGGACAUGGAUUUGCCCGGAGAAUUCUUCAUUGAGAACCAAACUCUCAGUGACGUCGAGGAAGCACUGGACCUCAAGCCCAAGGCUGCUCCUGCUCCUCCUGCUCCCGCUGUCGCUCCUGUGCCUGCGCCAAUUACCUUGUCCGAGCCCGUUCCCAACCCGAAGUCCGCCCUCCUAACCCGGGCAAGCCAGCACCCCCGAGCCACUUCCAUUCUGUUGCAGGGCAACCCCAAGACCGCUACCAAGACCUUGUUCCUGUUCCCCGACGGCUCUGGCUCUGCCACAUCAUAUGCCGGCAUCCCCGCCGCCUCCCCAGACACUUGCGUUUAUGGGCUGAACUGCCCAUACAUGAAAACACCGGAGAACCUCAAGUUCAGCCUAGACGAGAUGACUUUCCCGUAUCUGGCUGAGGUCCGUCGGAGACAACCGAAGGGCCCGUAUAACUUUGGUGGAUGGUCUGCCGGCGGUAUUUGCGCCUUCGAUGCCGCUCGCUACCUCAUCCUCGAAGAGGGCGAGCAAGUCGACCGCCUGCUGCUUCUCGACUCUCCUUUCCCCAUCGGACUAGAGAAGCUGCCUCCUCGUCUCUACAAGUUCUUUGACUCGAUCGGGUUUUUCGGGGAAGGCAAAUCCGCGCCCCCCGCCUGGCUGCUCCCUCACUUCCUCGCCUUCAUUGACUCUCUCGACGCCUACAAGGCCGUUCCCCUCCCCUUCGACGACCCGAAAUGGGCCCAGAAGAUGCCCAAGACGUUCUUGAUCUGGGCCAAGGACGGUGUGUGCGGCAAGCCGGGCGACCCCUGGCCCGAGCCGGCCCCUGACGGCAGCCCCGACCCGAGGGAAAUGGUCUGGUUGCUCAAGAACCGGGAGGACCUCGGCCCUAACAAGUGGGAUACGCUCGUCGGGCCGAACAACGUCGGGGGCAUCACCAUCAUGGAAGGCGCCAACCAUUUCACCAUGACGCUCGGAAACAAGGCCAAAGAACUCUCCACGUUCAUCGGCAACGCCAUGGCGGAUUAAUUUGCCCCUCCCCUCCUCCCCUCCCUAACCCUGUUGAUGUUACCCAGAUAUGACGUAUACUAUGGUCAUUGUUGUUGUUAUUGUUAUUGUUAUCGUUACUGUUUUCUCCUUGACGACUACUGAUGACUUACGUGCAACAACUUGCUUGCAUGCACCUCCAUUUUCGGGUUUUGGAUUUGGAGGACACACCACGAAGCGAUGUGAUUGUGAUAUUACGUUCCUUGUUCCUUUCUUCCACUGGAGCUACCUUCCCUGCUUGAUAACCUUACCCCCUUCCCCUACUUUACGUACCUACCUUUUACCUGACUUACGAUAGAAUGGCAAUGUGAAAAAGAGUUAUGUCUACCCA